CGUUCAAUUGACUCAACUCGUUCGCGAACGUCACAUUUCUGCUCCAUCCCACCAGCCAAGAUGGCGGCCGCUGUAGUACGAAGUGUCGGCUCCUCUUUGGGUAAAAACCUCCGAGAACUCCGAAUCCACCUCUGCCAGACGUCUGCUGCCAGCAAGGGGACCAGAGAUUUUGUGGAGCAGCAUUAUGUGAACCUGAAGCGAGCCAACCCAGACUUCCCCAUCCUGGUUCGAGAAUGUUCCGGAGUGGAGGCCCGACUGUGGGCUCGCUACGACUUUGGGAAGGAGCGCAGCCUCUCUGUUGACAACAUGUCUGCUGAUCAGGUGGCCCAAAACCUGCACGCAUUACUUCAAUAAGUUGCAUUUUAUCUUGUAAAUGUAUUCAUAUUAAUAAAUAUUAUUGACAUUGA